GUGCUGCCUGCAUUGACUAUUGAAGGUUUGAAGGCGCUACGCAUCUUUCAGGGAUCCUUUACUGCUGACCGAUCCGUUGAAUUCAUCAAAGAGGACCUGCUACCAAUCGUUGGUCCAAUCCCUGGUCCAAACAGCGUCAUUGUGCUUGAUACUUGUCAAAUUCAUCAUGAUCCAAGGGUUGCUGAACUCUUAGUAAACCAACAAUGA